GUAGCUGAAGAAGCGAAAAAAGCCUCUCUCUGCCGCAACUCCAAUGGCGUUAUCGUCUUUCGUGCCGGCGUUAUCUUCUCCGCCGCCAUGUACGGUGGCGAUGUUAAACCGCCCCGGUUCUCUAUCCUCAGCAUCGUCGUCAUCACCUUCGUGUAGUGUUCGUUUCACUUGCUCAUUCUCUCAGCCACCACUCACCGUUGCUUUUAUGCCGUUUUUGAGACCGACAUCUCUGUGUUAUUCUAGAAGGAGUUCACAAAUAGUGCGUAUGGCGCCGGAAGAAGAGAAGAAGACUCAACGCUCACCUCUCGACUUCCCUAUGGAAUGGGAAAGACCCAAGCCCGGACGAAGACCAGAUAUCUUUCCUCAAUUCAGUCCCAUGAAAACUCCCUUGCCACCUCCUAUGCCGGGUGAUCCUCCAGAAGAGGAGGAGGAAGAAGAAGAAAAGAAAGAGGAAGAGGGAGAUGAAGAGGAAGAGAAAGAGAAGGAAGAAGAGAAAGACCCUGAAAAAGACAAUCCAAUUAAACCUGAGCAGUAGCGCCAAUCUGAUGAUUUUAUUCCAACAACGCAACAAGGUGACUCGCGUUUGCUAUUGUUAGCUUAGUUGUUGCGGCUUAUAUACAUUUGCCCCUGGGUCACGCUCUAGAUAGAAUUAAUGGCGCGAAGAGUUCUCGAAUUGAAAAUUUUGUAAUACAGUCAUACUCUCGAGACAAUCAGUAGUGUGAUGUGAUGUAAUGUUUUGUUUCAACAAGAUUCAUGUUUACUA